AAUCAGUUAAAAUCCCAACUCCCCUUCCCAUCCUCUGCUUUCCCUCCCACUUUUCACACACUACACACACUCACAACCGUCUUACUUCACACUCUUUUCACACACAGACACACACUGUGUCUCUGCUGCAGUUUCAAUGGCGGCGGCGGCGGCGGUGGCAGAGCUAAUUCCAUACACUUCAGCGCAUACAAAGACUGCCCAUCAUUUUUCUUCGGAGUUUUCCUAUGCAUCCACCAGAAUUUCCGGCCACCGCCGCCUGCGCCUCCGGCCAAUCCAGAACUCGAGAAUUAGGUGCUCCGUCACUUCCAAUGAAGUUGAAGCGCCGGCGGCGGUGAAGUUAGGGGAACUGAAGAAGAAAGCUGAUUGCUAUGGGGUUUUCUGCCUCACUUAUGAUCUCAAAGCUGAAGAGGAGACGAAGUCGUGGAAGAAGAUGGUUAACAUUGCUGUCUCUGGUGCUGCGGGGAUGAUAUCCAAUCAUCUUCUCUUCAAACUUGCUUCUGGUGAGGUUCUUGGACCUGAUCAGCCAAUUGCACUGAAAUUAUUAGGAUCCGAGCGAUCACUGCAAGCGCUUGAAGGGGUGGCAAUGGAGCUCGAGGACUCUUUGUUUCCUCUACUAAGGGAAGUGAGCAUCGGCAUUGAUCCAUACGAAGUGUUCCAAGAUGCUGAUUGGGCACUUCUGAUUGGUGCCAAGCCUCGUGGCCCUGGGAUGGAGCGAGCAGAGUUGCUAGACAUAAAUGGACAGAUUUUUGUCGAGCAGGGGAAAGCCCUCAAUGCUGUUGCUUCCCGUAAUGUGAAGGUGAUCGUCGUGGGCAACCCUUGCAAUACCAAUGCAUUGAUCUGUUUGAAAAAUGCUCCAGAUAUUCCUGCCAAAAACUUCCAUGCUUUGACUAGGUUAGAUGAAAAUAGAGCAAAAUGUCAGCUCGCCCUAAAGGCAGGAGUUUUCUACGACCAAGUGUCGAAUAUGACCAUUUGGGGAAACCACUCCACCACUCAGGUUCCCGACUUCUUGAAUGCUAGGAUCAACGGCGUGCCCGUCAAAGAGGUAAUCAAGGAUACUAAAUGGCUGCAAGAAGAGUUCACACAGGUGGUCCAAACGAGAGGUGGUGUUCUCAUUAAGAAAUGGGGAAGAUCCUCAGCAGCAUCAACUGCUGUCUCCAUUGUCGACGCCAUGAGGUCUCUUGUAACGCCUACGCCUGAGGGCGAUUGGUUCUCAUCCGGUGUAUAUACAGCCGGUAAUCCAUACGGUAUAGCAGAUGAUAUCGUCUUCAGUAUGCCGUGCAGAUCUAAUGGAGAUGGAGAUUAUGAACUCGUGAAGGACGUGGAAUUCGACGACUACCUGUGGAAUCGAAUCAAGAAGACUGAAGCUGAGCUGCUUGCAGAGAAGAAAUGUGUAGCUCAUCUUACAGGAGAGGGUAUUGCUGUCUGUGAUCUUCCCGGAGACACCAUGCUUCCCGGAGAAAUGUGAGAUUUUUUCCGGCCACCGUCGCGCGUUAUCGGCUCUUGUCUUCUGCUGUGAUUAUGUAUGUAGAAUAGCACAUUUGCACUAAUAAUGGGUGCAUUUGCAGCCCAAAAUCCAUACAUAUACACCAACUCAUUUUGAUCUCUGAUGUGAAACGCCAUUUGCAUUCUAAAUUCAA